GUCAUGUGAUUCAGACAAUUAUUUAUGGAUAUGUUUUGCUGAUACAUUCACUAGCGUAAUAAUAAACACAACCAUCAUGCGAUUAUAGACAAUGAUUUUUGGUUCGUUUUUUGCAGUGGCUUAAACCAGCAGCAUUUUCAAAAUGCCAAGCCGGCAGGGAUUCGUUUGCGUUAUUGCAUUGCUCUCCUUCUACUCCGAGACGCAGGGGCUUCCACAUAGCAGGCGUUUUCAGGUGAAAAAUCAUGAACAUGGCACUGACCCAAAACCGAAGUUCACUGAGAAAUACUUUCCCCAAAUACUGGACCACUUCAACUACAACAGCAUGGGAAAUGGAACCUUUGACCAGCGGUACCUUAUCACAGAUGAGUACUGGAAGAGAGGCUAUGGGCCCAUCUUCUUCUACACAGGCAACGAGGGAGACAUCUGGGAGUUUGCCCUGAACUCUGGCUUCAUCACUGAGUUGGCGGCACAGCAAAGAGCCCUGGUCAUAUUUGCUGAGCAUAGAUACUAUGGCAAAUCACUCCCGUUUGGCGAGGAUUCCUUCAACAUCCCUGAGGUUGGGUUACUGACAGUGGAGCAAGCCCUAGCAGAUUAUGCUAUCAUGAUCACCGAACUGAAAGGUCAACUCGGUGCCUCUGCAUGUCCAGUCAUUGUCUUUGGUGGGAGUUACGGAGGGAUGCUGUCGGUCUACAUGAGACUGAGGUACCCCAACAUAGUUGCAGGGGCAUUGGCUGCCAGUGCUCCCAUCUUGUCCACUGCAGGAAUGGGGGAACCCAAACAGUUUUUCCAGGAUGUCACAUCUGAUUUUGAGAACUACGCUCCAGAGUGUGGAGAUGCUGUCCGAGGGGCAUUCCAACGGCUUCAGGACCUGGCCCGCGUGGAAGACUACAGGCGUAUCCAGUCAGCGUUCUCCCUGUGCCAGACCCCCUCCUCCGAUAAGGACACCCGCCAGCUGAACGGGUUCCUCCGUAACGCCUUUACCCUGAUGGCUAUGCUGGACUACCCCUAUAGCACCCACUUCAUGGGCAACAUGCCCGCCAACCCAGUCAAGGUGGCCUGCGAUACCAUGUUGGGGGGAGAUGAUUUGCUGCAGGCCCUCAGAGACACCGCAGGAAUAGUGUACAACUCGACUGGAGAUCUGACCUGCUUCGAUCUCUACACUCUGUACGUGGAGUGUGCCGACCCGACUGGCUGUGGACUGGGCUUUAACAGUCUGGCCUGGGAUUACCAGGCCUGCACAGAGAUCGAGAUGUGCUUUGAGAGCAACAAUGUGACUGACAUGUUCCCUGUCAUGCCCUUCACUGUGAAAAGCCGGGAACAGUACUGCUCCAAGCGCUGGGGGGUGAUCCCUAGACUGGGCUGGCUCAAAACCCAGUUCUGGGGUGAUGCUCUCUCCACGGCAAGCAACAUCAUAUUCUCUAAUGGAGAUCUGGACCCAUGGGCAAAUGGAGGGGUAAGAAAGUCCUUGAGCUCAUCGCUGAUUGCCAUUAACAUCUCAGAAGGGGCACACCAUUUGGAUUUGAGAGGUGCCAAUGAUGCUGAUCCAGCGUCGGUUAUAAAGGCGCGUAAGAUGGAGUCAGACACCAUCGCCCAGUGGGUGAAAAUGGAGAGAUACGGGUGAAAUGCCUUUCAAAUGGACUGCAAUGACCGACAAUUUAAAACAAAAGGUUGUUCAAUAAAGCAUUUUAAUCUUGACAUUUUUAC